GCUCCGUCGUUACUGGUGGCUGUCAGCCCGUUGUUGGAGCGAUGUGUUACUGCUGCCGUGGGUACGGCUGCGUUACAACUGGAGUUUAGCCCAAACACAAGGCUUGAAGAUGUAUUAAGACGGCUUUCCCAACUAAAGAAAUUAGAAAUAUCAAGGUGUCGGACUCCGUGCCAGCCUACACGUCUUCAUCCUGAAUGCUGGUCCAGGAGGUACACGCCACAGCAUGUUAUUGUGAGAAGACAACAUAUUAGGGCAGGAUGCAGUCUUCAAACCACCGACUGCGAGACAUGGAGCAGCACCACCCGCUGCUGUCGGCAGGUGCAGAUGUCGAGACGGGAAGUCUGGCAGCCGGGGUGAUGGUUGGAGGUCCCCACUCUGGCCACGUAGCUGGGAACCGCACCAUGUGGUUCAUUCAGGACAGCUGCGGGAUGGUGUGUGCCGGCAUAACCUGGUUCCUGGUGCUGUACGCUGACUUUGUGGUGAACUUUGUCAUGCUGCUGCCCGGCAAGAACUUCUGGUACUCGCUGCUGAACGGGGCCACCUUCAACUCCCUGGCUGUACUUGCAUUGGCCUCACAUAUGCGCACCAUGAUGACUGACCCGGGUGCGGUUCCUAAGGGUAACGCAACCAAGGAGUACAUGGAGAGCUUACAGCUGAAGCCCGGCGAGGUCAUUUACAAGUGCCCAAAGUGCUGCAGCAUCAAGCCUGAGAGGGCACACCACUGCAGUAUUUGUAAAAGAUGCAUCCGGAAGAUGGAUCACCACUGUCCCUGGGUCAAUAACUGCGUGGGAGAGAAGAAUCAGAGAUUCUUUGUACUUUUCACUAUGUACAUAAGUCUGAUUUCUGCCCAUGCCCUGGGCCUCAGCAGCAUGCACUUCUUCACCUGUAUUAAAGUCCAGUGGAACGAGUGCAGUGCCUUCUCUCCAGGGGUGUCUGUGCUGCUGCUGAUCUUCCUCUGUCUCGAAGCCAUCCUCUUCCUCACUUUCACAGCUGUAAUGUUUGGUACGCAGAUCCACUCCAUCUGCAACGACGAGACGAGGGGUUUGAAUGUCUUGCAGGAGAUUGAACGUCUUAAAAAUGAGAAGCCCACAUGGGAGCGCCGCAUGCGAUGGGAUGGAAUGAGAGCUGUGUUUGGGGGAUCGCCCUCCCUGCUGUGGUGCAAUCCAUUCACAGGCCUGCGUCUGCGGCGCCUGCUGCUGUUGACCCACGGUCGCCGCGGUGGGUCUGAGUUCUCUGUUUGAGAGCAGUGGCGGAAUGUGACGCCGCUCACCGACACUUGACCGUCUCUAAAGCAACAUUUCUUUGUAUAUCCUCCUCGGGACGGGGCAAGGAUGGACCUCUGCUCCCUGAGGCUGUGCUUCAUGUGGGUGACGGGGAGACAGGCUGCUGCUCCAGUGGGACCCCCAGUCAACCACCACUGAAAGUUUGUUUUCUCACAUGCUGAUGUAGACCCAAGUCCUUUUGGUCUGCACAAGUAUUCUGACCAACUGGAAUAUUGUUUCUAACAUGAGCAGAUGUUUUGGUUUGUUUGUGUGUGUUUUUUAGGUAAAGCAUGCAGUAUGUGACUCAACAGAGUCUUUUAUUCCCUGUGAGACGUCCAAGGUGCUGUUUGAACUCAACUGAACACACCCUAAGUACACAACUCCAGCAGUUUGUUUUCUUUGCUGCGCACACAAGAUUCAAGACGAGCGUUUGAAUCGGCGACAUAUCGUUCAUCAUCACUGGACCAGAGGAAAUGCUUGAAACUUGUUCCGUUGGACCCAGACAAAAGGAAUCGCAGUCGAGGACCUACACUACUUACAUGGCACUUGAGAGAAGGUCUGAAUUAUGCAGCACAGCGCUGCCUCGAUUUGCAUGUGUAACGGCUCAAUCAGUCUGCAUCUCAGCCAGGAAUUGAGGCUUUCAUUAUGUUCAAAUGAACGAACGGGCUUUUGUGAACACAAGCCUCAUUCAUAUUCAAGAGGACUGAGUGGUGUUUCUUAUCUGUUCAUCCUCUUCGUCAUGAUUUCCUUCAUUUGGAUGGAAUUGUUGAUUCUUUAGCUUACUCAGGCCAGUAGAAAUAUAUUGUCCCUUUUUUUUUUUUUAAAUAACGUCUGAAGCAUCUUUACCUUUCAUCUCAGUGGAAACUCCUCAAUAGUCGACCAUAACAAUGUCUCACUGGAGAUGACAACUCUUUUACUGACUCUUCAUUUAGAUUUAAAAACAAAUCAGUUUUUUUUAUAAGUUGUACAUACAUGUCUGUGGCCAUAAAUGUGCCGUUCCACCAAUCCUACAUGCUGCUCCACGUCUCAUUCUCUACCAAUGAUCAGUGACCCCCCCACCCCCAGACCACUCAUAUGCCUCCCUGUGUUUUCAUAAAGAAGUGAUUCAGGUUGAACAACUUUGGCUGCUGAAAAGACCGAAUGUUUUUAAGUUUGAAUAGUUUUACUCAUGCACAGUUUUUUUUCUCUUACAACUGAAGGCUACUUCUGUGUGUGGUAGGAAUCCAUACGCAAGAACUCUUGUAAAAGACUUCAUAGCAUUUAAACUAGACCGAGCCGAGUUUCAGACGUGGUGGCUUUGCAGGCACAACCUUCUUUUGGCUCCUUUUGGAGCUCACUCUGAUCUCCAGAGCCGAGCUCCAUUGUGCAGUCAGCCUGUGGAAUUUAAAAAGGGGGCUGCUUUGCUGAAAGAGGCUGGGGUACCGGGCUCAUUGUACAAGUUUUAACACUGAACAAAGUCUCGGGGAGCUUUCCUACUUCACUCCAGAAAUGUCCGUCCUGAAACAUCUAGUGGCAGGACAGAAGCAGAUUUAAGUUAUCCAACACUAUAUGCCUAUAGAACCACUCAAUCAAGGGAGUUUUUCAUCUUGAAAGAUUUUGUCAUUAUUGCCAUAUUUAUGUUUUCAUUCUGUGACAACUUGUCUCCUAUUUUCACUCUGCAUAGUCAAUGGGCGUGUUUGCACUGGAUGGAUGUGACUUCAGGAUUGAAGCGUUGGACGAUAUAUAUACUGCUGUAUAUAUCUGUGGUUAUCAGGAGAAGGAACUCUACUGUUUACACUAAAUGAUGAUAUCUGAUGCUCUUAACAUGCUGUCAUUAGAAUGUAAAACGUAUCUAUUUUGGGACAUAUGGGACACAGCACUGAAAGCUAACUAAUAUCAGGGGAUUUUAUUACUGCUGGCCUCUCAUUUUAUUCUGCAGGACUGCAUCACCUCAGCAACAGUUUUCUGAUUACAUGUUGGCAGAAUAUCCCUUUCUUAUUCAUGUCAUACUUUCUCUAUAUUCAGCAAGUAUCGUAUCCUAACAUGCUCAAUGCACUGUUGUGUAAUUAAUGAGUUGCACAAUGCAAGGGAGAAAAGUUCAGUCAAUCACACAGCAUAUCCAUAACAAUCAUAUGCAAUCAUGACAUCCCGAGCCAAUGAGAGGACUAGUCUAAUACACACAAACGGUUACUUGAGCGAAAACGUUGUCUGAAGUGGGACUUGAAGUAACAGUGGCAAGGCACUAAGGCACUGUUCAACUUUUAGUGGUAUUUGUAGGACGUAGCAGAACACCAGCGCUAUUUAUGGAUUGACAAAUGUUUCUGUGUUGACUGCAUAUGAAUAUUGGAUGUUGAUUGGUUUAUUUUGGGUAAGCCUGGUUGAUGUGUACAAGUAUUUCACAGUCGGAUGGUCCUGUUUCAUGACUUAACUCAUGCUGUUGUCAUGUCUUAAUUUGGGAUUCAGUUACAGGGUAUGUAGUUUUAUAUUCAUGGUCGGCAUUAGAAUCAAUGAGUGAUUUUUAAAGGGUUAUACCGAUAAUUGUAUUUUCUCCACCUUCUGCUGUGACUUUUAAAAUACAAUCAACAUGGGGAGAGGAUUGGUUGACAAUGUGCAAAAUUGUGUAAACGGAUACACUAUUUGAACAAAAGUUUUUCUUCUCAUACUAGUUUGCAGUUAAAGUGGAUUUGCACAGAAAAUGUUGAACAUUUUGUGUUAAUGAUUCUUAACGGGAUGGAUGAAUUACCAUUAAUAUCGCUAUGAACAGUCGAGAGAGCUUUUGUUUCCUACUGUCCUGGGAGAAUCUUUCCUCUAGAACAAAAGUAUUCCAGCUUCACAAAGUAUAAAGGUUACCAUUAACAAUAUAUAAAUGGAAUGUUUUAUUCUAGUUCUUUUUUUAUUAAUGUGUCAUAAUCCUAUGUCUUAUAUCCUCAAUGUCAUUCUUUUGCAUAAUAAACUUGUGAAGCUAUGAAUA